AUGGCCGACAUCGACGUCACGCCAACCAAGAGCCUGGGCCAGGACCCUGUGGUUGAUGAGAAAAGAAUGAACGCUCUGGGGACAGUUCGCUUACGGCACCAUGAGACGAACGAGAUCAUCUUGAUCCCAACGCCUUCUAAUGACCCGAACGACCCCUUGAACUGGUCCAAGACCUACAAAUGGUAUAUGGCGACGGUCAUCUGCUUGGCCAUGCUGAUGUGUAACUUCCUGGCUGCGGGGCCUAGCAUUGCCAUCGCAGAAACCGCCAUGGACUUUUUCCCUGGACCCCCCGCAGGAAUACCCGCCGCGAUCAGCAAAGUGGCUUACUUCUUUACGACGACAGCAUUGCUUCAGGGCACGAGUAACUUCUUCUGGGUGCCCUUCAUCAACAAGUUUGGACGUCGACCCGGCUACGUGACAAGUUAUGCCCUAUACUUUGCCUGCUCUGUCUGGCUUAUCUUUGAGAAGAGAUACGGUGGUUUCCUUGCCGGCCGAAUCCUUAUGGGAGUAGGUGCUGGUGCUGCCGAGACUAUUGCACCUGUUUCCAUCGCAGACGUGUUCUUCUUGCACGAACGUGGCUUCGUCAUGUCGCUAUACACGUGUUUCCUAUCAGUAGGAGUCGCAGCCGGUGUCCUCAUUGAUGGCUUGAUUGUCAUGAACCACGACUGGCGCGUUAUCUACCAAGUUGCAUCCGGCCUGAUUGGACUUGUCUUGCUUCUUGCAUUCUUCACAUUCCCCGAGACAGCCUACAUUCGCGAUACGUCCUCCCUGGACGCAGGCGAAAUGACAUCGGGCAGCCUUGCCAAGCAGAACUCUGGCUCCGAAGUCGAAGCCGCGAACCCGAGUAUCCCGCCGAGGGAGACAUACUUGCAACGCCUCAAGAUUUACCACCGCGUUUGGACCAACGAAAGCUUGUUCAAGAUGUUCGUGCGACCUCUUGGGCUCAUCCUGCUCCCUCCGGUACUAUGGGCUGCUCUGGUCCAGUCUGUCACGAUCGGUUUCGUCGUUGCCGUGACCUCCAAUGUAGCUCCUGCUUACUCGACUGCGUACGGCUUCGAGCCUUACCAGGUCGGUCUCUGCUUCAUUGCCGCAAUCAUCGGCUCGCUUCUUGGUAUACCCGCUGGAGGACACCUUGCCGACAUGACUGCGGAUUACUUCACGAAGCGAAAUGGAGGCAUCAGAGAUCCGGAAAUGCGUUUGCCAGCAAUGAUGCUUUCCCUCGUUACUGCGCCCCUCGCUCUGGUGCUGUUUGGCGUCGGCAUUGAGAAGCAAUUGCACUGGAUCUGCCCUACCAUUGGCCUUGGUCUACUCAACUUCUCCAUCUCGCAAGGUACAAACGUGUGUCUUGUGUAUGUCAUCGAUGCAUACCGACCGGUGGCUGGAGAGAUCACUCUCGCAGUCAUGGGAUUUAAAUCUUUGUUCGGAUUUCUGCUGUCUUUCUACACCAACCCUUGGGUUGAGGCAUCAGGCUACUUGAAUGCCUACGGUGCCAUGGCUGGCAUCGCUGCCAUCGUAAUGUUGAUGUGGAUCCCUCUCUACAUUUGGGGCAAGGCUAUCCGUCACACGACCUGGAACUGGCCAAUGCUUUCUUACCUCCACUGGGAUGAGGAUAGAGAGGUGGGUGGCGAGUAA